UCAUCAUCACCUUAGCUUCCCUGAGACAGACACUCACCACCUUAAGGCGUUAGUCUUUGGGGGAAAAGAAAAUGGCAGCCAGCACUACUUUCUCUCUCUGUUUUGCUGCUGCGUCUUCUUCUUCUUCUUCUUGUAAUCAUAAUUCUAAUCCUUUAACGCCAUUGAAUCAGAGGCCAAGGCCUUUGGGAAUAGCGAAUCGCUUCGUUUCGUCUUCGGUGGCUGCGCCUUUGUCUUCUCUGUGCUUCGGUGCUUCUGCUUCUGUAUUCAGCUCCAAAGCAAGGAUUUUCACGGCGUUAGCAGCGGUCGUCGAUGAAGAGACGGCGGUUGCGGAACGGGAGCGUGGUUUGGCGGAAAAUGAUGGCGGUUCCGACGAGGAAGAGCAGUGGAAGAUGCCGAGAGCGACGGAGGUUUACGUCUGCAACCUUCCAAGGAGCUGUGACACCGAACAGCUACGUCAGAUGUUCGAGCCUCACGGAACUAUUCUAUCCGCUGAGGUUUGCCGGAAUGCUGAUACUGGUGAGAGUAGAGGAUGUGCUUAUGUGACAUUGUCAUCUGUUGCCUCAGCAAGAAAUGCAGUCACUGCCUUGGAUGGAUCGGAUGUUGGUGGACGGGAGAUGCGGGUUAGAUUCUCAGUUGAGAUGAAUCCCCAGAGGAGGAACCUUGAGACUGCGAAUGCUUCACCAAAGAGAGUUGUAUACUAUGAAGCUCCUCAUAAGUUGUAUGUUGGGAAUCUUGCUAGGGCAGUUAGACCUGAAGAGUUGAGACAUCUUUUUAGCAAAUUCGGCAAUGUGGCUAGUGUAAGAUUGUUGAAAGAUCAGAAACAAGGGCGAACCCGAGUUUAUGCGUUUCUCUCUUUCCUAUCGGAGAAAGAACGUGAUGCUGCAUUGACCCUGAAUGGAGCGGAACUUUGUGGUCGGACGUUGGUGGUUAGAGUGGGUAUAGACAAGGGUGAAGCUUAACAGGAGGAUCAGAAUCUGCAUAGAGAUGGUUGCAAUUUAUCUGUUUAUCGGUAACUAUAAUUACUUUUCUGUUUUCUUUGCACAAUGUAUUGAAUCAUUUUCCCCCUCUAUCACUAUUGCAUAUAAAGUUUAUGAAUGGGUGAUGUAUUGAGAAAAGUUUUAUGGCAUGAGGUAACAGAACAUCCCAUUUAGAUGUAUGCUCUUU